CACGCCGCAACCCUUCUCCGCCAAGCCGUCUUUGUCUGACAGGAUCGGAUUGGACAGCCUCCAGAUGAGAUUGCUGACGACGGCAGCGGGUUUGGUUUAGCUAUAUAAUCUUCGCUGUGUAUUUGUCCUGUACUUUCUCUCAAACCAAGACUUCAUUCACUCCCAUCUUCAGUUUCUUGGCAAUCUGUGCUGUUUCACCACCCACCCCCUGAAACUCUCGAGUCGUCGUUUCCAACUCGCCCCAUCAACUUAUAAACCUCUCCCCCCUCGAUAUCUCGAGGAACAACCCCCCAACUCCCUGCCUCACCCACAACUCCUCCAACCCUUCUCGCCUCCCAAACCCCAAACCCCAACACCCCGCGCCAUCACAACCAAACCCACAAUCAAACAAAACCAAACCCACACCAACCCCACACCAACAUGUCCACCACGCAAGAGAACGUCCAGUCCGCCUCGGCCACCUACGCGGCCUCCUUCACGCAAGGCCAUCUCGCCCUGCCGCCCGCCAAGCACUACCUCGUCCUCACCUGCAUGGACGCCCGCAUCGACCCCGCGCGGGCCUUUGGCAUCGAGCUGGGCGACGCACAUGUCAUUCGGAACGCUGGCGCGUCGGCUGUGGAUGCCCUCCGCUCGGUGGUUAUCAGCCAGCAGCUGCUGGGGACGAAUGAGAUUAUCUUGGUGAAGCAUACCGGUUGUGGGAUGCUGACGUUCAAGAACGAGGAUGCGUAUGGGCUUGUGGAACAGCGGUUGGGACCUGCCGCGACUGCAGAGCUCAAGGAGAAGAACCUCGAUUUUCUGCCUUUCCCGGAGCUGGAGGCGGCUGUUCUUCAGGAUGUGGAGUUUCUGAAGGCGUCGAAGCUGGUGCCGGAGUCCGUGACGAUUAGCGGGUGGGUGUACGAGGUUGAGACUGGCAAGACCAGGCGGGUGGUUUAGGUUGGAUGUUCGGGUUGGACGAAGAUUUAGUCCUAUGUUUGUAGCGGCGUGGUUUGCUUUCGGGGCGCAGUGGGAA